AUGUUCUCUGACGUCUUCGACUCCCACCUUUUCCCGCCUCCAUGGGUCCUCGACGAACAUGUUGUCUGUCGCUUGGUAGGCAGCAACGACGCGCCAACCGACGAGGAGGCUGCAGCCAUGCAGCAUAGCAUUGCCACUCUUCAAGCCCAACUAGACCUCCCCAGUGGUCUCCUUGACCACACAGGGACGCGUUUUAUUGAUUCGGCCGAGAUCCAGACGCUCAUCGACCGCCGUCGCAUCGCUAAUGCCCCCUUCCGAAAACUCCCCACCGAACUCAUCUGCACUAUCCUCCUUCUGGUCUAUAAUGACCACGACUUUGGCACACGCCGACCCCACCCGCUGUGGCACCUCUCGCAUAUCUCGCGGUUCUGGCGCGCCGCCGCUGUUGGUUGUGCCCAACUCUGGACAAACAUGGCUGUGGAGAUUGUGGAUCCUUCUCCGGAGGCAAUGGCGGUCAGAUACCCGCUAGAAAAGCUGGCAAUGCUGUAUGAAAGGGCCGCAAGUCUGCAAAUCAGCGUGUCUUUGACGCUGUGGUCGUCGUCGGAGUAUCUUGAGGCAACCUGGCUUCCUGUUUUUCUCGCCGGCUCUCAUCGCUGGGGCACUCUAUACAUACGCUGCAGUGCUGCUCGAUUUGCCUUGUUCGCGACACUAAAUGCAGCCGGUCGACUGCCGCUGCUUGAAGCAGUUUCACUGCAUUCGCUGGAAAGCAAUAAAGCCCCAUGUGGAGUCACGGAGCUCUUCGCCAAUGCCCCACGACUGAGCAAUAUCGAUCUGACAGAUGCUUCUAGCCAAGUCCCAUCCCCCAUCCUCACACUACCAUGGAACAGCAUGGCCUCUUACCGUGCUACCUACGAUCUCAGACUGCAUCUGGAACUACUUCAUCGUUGCCAAAACAUAAAAUCUGCCGUUCUUGGCUUCUUACCACCCCUUGCAGUUACCCAUUCGCUUCCUCCGGCUUACCAAAGCCUGUCUUCACGCGGAACUACCGUCAUGGCGCGCCGACUCCAGGCUCUUACGCUGUACACACCCAGCCGGGGCAUCUUUCGCUCCCUUGAUGCCCCCAAUCUGCAAACGCUGUUUCUCUGUUGGGAAGUCAUCGGCGGGCCUCUGUUGUCCUUUCUCCAACGCGUCCCGCCAAAUCACUUUAGCGCGAACGGCAAUAUAUUGACAACACUCGUCUGGGACAGAGUCCGCCUUUUAGAGGUUAAUGGAGCUUCAGCAUGGGCGGCUUUUCCUUCGAUAUCAGUUCUCCGCGCGCUGCCUUCCCUACGCCGACUCCUCAUCCGAGUGCCGCAAGCCCACCAGCCGCUGGAGCCCUCGAGAGUGCAGCGGCAGUUGUUCCUUGUCACCCUAGCCCAAACACGCGAAACGUGCCCGAUGCUGUCGGUGCUCGAAAUCGAGGACGCCUUUCUGGCGUGCGAGGCAGAGGAGAAAUACCAUGUGCAGCUGAUCCAUGCUGUGUGUCUCCGCGCGGGAGACUUUUUCCGCGUGUUUCGGUGGGCGUUUGGCUGUCGUUGGCGCGCGGGGGCGGAGGCGAGGCGCCAUGCUGUCGGCUUGGUGACCGCUUUAAAGGCGCAGGGCCAAGUAGCAAGUGGAUUCGAGAUAGAGGUGCUCGAUUAUUUGGAUAUGACUGGUCUGAAAUCUUGA